AUGGAGAGCGAGGCGAGGACGAGCAAGACCCUCGGGAAAGUCCGCGGCUUCCUGGGGGACAUCUCCAUCGAGCCGAUCAUGUUUCUCUUCUACAUCAACCUGUUCUCUCGGUCGGUCGUGAAGGAGAACCUCAAACUGGAUCGCUUCUGCAGGAUAACUCUGGGCUACGACGAGGAAGACUGCGCCUCGCUCAACGACGGCCACCACGGGGACAUACAGGCGGAGACGCAGAAGCUGGACAGCGUGUUCCUCUUCUACGAGAAAUUGGUGUCGACGGUAGUUCCUCUGGUGCUCGUGUCCUUCGCCGCCACAUGGAGUGAUCGCAGCGGGAGGAAGGCGCUGAUUCUUCUCUGCCUCCUCGGGGAUUUGCUGUAUGUCGUGAUCUACCUGCUAGAGUCUCUCUUCCCCUCGUGGCCCCCGGAGGUCCUUCUCCUCGCCUCCUUUCUGAACAGCCUCGGCGGAGGAAUGAUAAUGCUCCUGAUGGCCUGCUACAGCUUCAUGGCGGACAAGACCAACACCAAGACGCGCACGAUCCGUAUGGCGAUCAUGAAUUCCGUCAUGCACAUGGGAGGCCCGAUUGGUACUGUCUUAGGCGCGUGGGUCUUCGCCGCCAAGGGGUAUGUCUGGGUCUUCGGUCUCGGGCUUGUGAUAAUCGUGUUAUGUCUCCUCCUAGUCAUCUUCUUCAUCAGAGAUAAAGACUUCAGUUCCGACACCAAAAAAGGUGAUGCAAACGACACCGAGGAAGCCCCAGGUGAUGGAAACGACACCAAAGAAGCUCCAAGUGAUGGACAUGACACCAAGGAAGCCCCAGGUGACACAAACGAAGGAAAGCGAACCUCAGGGAGCCCCUGCGAUCCGAGGAAUGUCGUGGAUCUGUUUUGGGUGUGCUUCAGGCGCCGGCCGGGACGAGGGCGGUCUCACCUGAUUCUCCUCAUGCUCAUAAUGUUGGGUCAGAUUAGCAUGACUCCCCACAACCUCUACCUGUGGAGCCGUCGAGUGUACCUCUGGGACGAGAACCAAUACAGCGUAUACUCGACCAUUAACCAAGUAAUGGAACAAACCACGAGUCUCAUCGCAGCUCCUGUGUUGCACAAAUUGGCCGUGCACGACUGUUUGAUGGGAGCUGGCGCGUCAUUUCUCUGUUUCUUGAAGAUGCUCACGCUUGGCCUGAUAACCUCCCCGUCCCAGUGGUGGGUCAUUUACCUCUUCGUCUUCGUACCUAAUGCAAUUACUUCUGCUGCCAUCAGAGCUCAGAUGUCUAAGAUAUGCGGCGCGGACGAGGUAGGUCGCGUGUUCUCCAUGUUGGCUAUCGCGGAGGUGUUGUGGCCACUCGCCGACAGCGCCAUCUACACCGCCGUCUAUACCUCGACCUUGGACUUCUACCCUUCGUACGAACACCUCGUCAGCGCCUUGUACGGGUUCCUCGCCCUCUGCGGGUUUCUUGGCCUCAGACUCUCGCUUGAACACGUGGAGAGUCGGGCUGGUCGAGGGGCGGCUGAAGAGGAACUAGCGAAGGUGGAAGACCCCGUCAAGUCCUGUUGAGGGCAAGGGGAAGGUCGGAAUCUGUGGGGACGUUCUUUCCUGUUUCUCAUUCCGUAAGAGGCGAAUUCAAAGUUAGUAUACCACAUAGUAUAUCUAUCUGUCUCUCUCUAUACGCACACACAAAGACACACACACACACACACACACACACACACACACACACACACACACACAUUGGUGGCGUUUUCGGUUGAGAAUCUCGCUUAACUGUCAGAAUGGGAUAACCUUGGCCACUCCUUGCACACAGGGUCACUUGUGAAGGACACACAGAGAUAUAGAAGAGCUUUAAAAAACAUUAUAUGAUAUACUGGUUAAAAGAUGCUUUUAUUAUGGGAUUUCAUAAUAAUUUAAGGAUAAUCGUGAUAUUCCAUAACCGGGAAAAUGAAGAAAAUCGUAUUUAUAGGGAAUAUUAAAAUGUUAAAUUUUGAUAAUAAAAUAUAAAGAAUCACGAAAGAAAUGAACAUCGCAGGAUAACUCGAUGAUUGUUUAUUGAUAACGUACAUGGGUUUUCAUUAAUGGGUUUGCCUUAUGUAUAUGUAUAUAUAUGUAUAUAUAUGUAUAUGUAUGUC